CCUCCUUAGGAAAAAAAAUCCGUCAAAAUGUUCCGAUUGCUGGUGUUGUCUGCUGUUCUUGCCAUUGCCGCUGCUGGAGCUCCUUGGGUUGCCCCUGCCCCACUUUCCUACGGACAUUAUGCUGCCGUCCCGACUAUUGUGGCCCAGAAGGAAAUCGCCUACCAGAAGAAUAUCAUCGAAGAGCCAACCAUCACUCAUGUUGGAAACAUUGAAAAGAAGAUCCCAACAGGAUACUCGUACCAAAAAUUCACCCAGUACCACAACAAACCAGUCGCACAGGAAGUGUACGCUCCCGCUGUCAGAAAGACUCUAGUCGAAACUCCAGUCGAGAAUAUCGUUUACCAAACCGCUGCUGUUGCUACCCCAGCCCUAACCUAUGCUGCUCCGACACUUGGCUAUGCUGCUGCCCCAAUCACCAAAGCUGCCUACAUCAAUGCUGCUCCAGCGCUGAAUUAUGCUACCCCAGCUUUGACUUAUGGCACUCCACUUAUUAAGAACGCCUACAUUGAUGCUGUUCCCACUCUUGGCUACGCUCAACUGGCCAAAUCGGUUUACUCCCAUAGCUUGCCAGCAGUUUACGGUGCACCAGCCAUUUACUCCAAAUAUUAA